AUGGAAGAGAAUAACGAUCAAACCAAUGAUCAAAGUAAUCAUCAAAAUAUUAUACCGUUAACCGGCGCAAGGAUCGGUUUUCCUGCAUGCAUAUUGAGAAGCAACGUUGAAUCGGCACAAGCGUGGACGAACGUAUUUAUGCCGCCGGUCUACAGACCUCCGUUUACUAAAGGCAAAGAAAAAGAGUCCACUGAGAAACAGGAUACCGAUGAUGGUAUUCCUGGCGGUAUAUUGAAUGACAAAGAUUUAAUACAUGUGCUAAAGGAUGAUGAGAAGCCUGACAUGUACACACAUCGGUUAUCUUACAACACCGUAACUAACGCAUAUUACGAGAAUGGAAGGUUGGACAGAGAAUACAUUAAAACAUGGAAAAAAGGAGUUCUUCUGUGGGACAACAUUGAUUAUAAGAGGGAAUACGAUUGGAACAUUGUAGACUCCUAUAAGGAUGUGACCUCACUUGUCGAAGGUCAAUAUGGAUUUGUGUUGCAUGCUUCGUUAAGUGGAGGUUUACAUACAAAUAUUUCAUGGCAAAGAACUCAACUCUUUAGAACACCGGUUGACAAUUCUGGAGUUGUGGAUGAUGACUCGGGAGUUAGUUUUGGACUGGAUGUGAGGGUGGAGCUGAUUCCGGAUUUGGUAUGCGAACCACUCCCUGAAAUCGAGUACAGUAAAGAAGGGAAAGGUAAAGAAUUAAUAAUAAAUGACAAUGAUACCAGCGAUUUUGUCGUGCAUCUGAAAAUUCCAGAAAGUUUGGAAGAUAACGAUCACGUAACCCCCAACAAAGAAAUUCGAGAUUUCCAUGUUCAUCGCAAUGUACUUUCGGCCAGAUCAGACUACUUCAAAGCAUUAUUCGAUUCACAUAUGACCGAGUCCAGAGAAAAUUCGGUUACACUAACGGACAUUUCUUUAAAUUCUCUUGAAAUCAUUCUCAAAUUCAUCUAUGACGGCUCUUUACCAGAUAUAAAUUCGUAUGACGAAUGGGUUGAAUUAUUGCAUGGUGCCUCGAGAUUUUUAAUCCCUGCACUGAUUCAGAGGUGUGAAAAGAGCAUAAGGGAAUAUGUGAAUAAUGAAUCGGUGGAAACCAUUGAAGCACUCGCUAACGAAUGUGGUGCCAAUCAAUUGUUGAGGUGUUGUAAAAUGUUGGAAGUCGAGGAUGAAGAGGUGACGCACGACAAUAGGUCGACCGCAUAA